AUGACGGCUGGAGAUCCUAGACUCUUCCCACGGCGGGUGUGCUAUGCCGCUCUUCUUACCGUCAAUGUCUACGUCUUUAUGGGGAACAUGUACUCGUCCGGGAUUGCGACCGGGUUUGAGUCCCUAGCCAUCUCACUCCAUGCAGACAACUCAAAGUUAUCAGCCCUUGUCACUUAUUCAGUUCUUUCCAUGGGUUUGGCCAACUUAUUCUGGAUGCCUUUGGCCCUGUGCUUCGGAAAGCGUCCUAUUGUUAUCAUCUCUAUGAUGAUGUUCCUAGGCGGUUGUAUUUGGUCUGCAGUUGCCAAGGAUUACAAUAGUUUACUCGGCUCACGAGUCUUUGCCAGUUUCGGAUAUGGUGCUAUUGAGUCGCUGGGACCCAGUAUCCUCGCAGAUCUCUUCUAUGAGCGAAACUACUCGAGCGCUAUGGCUGUAUAUGCCGCUUUCUUGUCUGGUGGCUCCCAGAUCGGCCCUGUUAUUGCGGGAUAUCUUAUUCAAGCCCGUGGAUGGCGGUGGUUCUUCAUUCUCUGCUCUAUCAUCGCCGCUGUCAACUUGGUUACCACAAUCUUCAUGCUUCCCGAGACCAUCUAUGACCGCGAUGAAGAGCCCGAAGUCAUUGAUGAUUUCGAGAAGGGCGCGACCGGUCACCUUGAAGCCGUUCAAACUUGUCAAUCCCAAGUUGGUGACCGUGUCAAGAUGGACUAUGGGGAAUACACGAAGAGCCUUUUCACUUUCCGCAUCACCAAGGAAGCCAGGGAGAAGGGUGUCCUCAAGCACUUGGCCUAUGUUUUCGUACUUCCAUUGCCCAUGUUGUUGGUUCCCGGCGUGCUGAUCGCCUCGAUCAUGUAUGGUGUUGUUCUUGGAGGAAUCGUCGCGAUCUCCACCCUCGCUCCCUCCCUCUUCGGACCACCACCCUAUCUGUUUACCUCUGCCGACCUAGGCCUUUUCACACUCAGCAGCUUCAUCGGUAUCAUCAUUGCCUGGCCCAUCGCCGGCCCCCUGACCGAUCUCUUCUCCCGUUGGAUGCGCAAGCGUAACAACAACGUCCACAAGCCCGAGCAUCGUCUCCCUGCACUUAUCAUCCCAUUCCUCAUUUGCCCCGUCGGUCUGAUCGUGUUCGGAUACACAGUCGCCCGGUCAGCGCAUUACAUUCAGCCUGCCGUUGGUGCGGCCAUCAACUCCGCUGCGCUGACCCUCGUUCCCUCUGUCAUGCUCUCGUAUGUCGUGGACUCCUACCCACAUACUAGCGGCGAGGCACUGGUACUGGUCAACGCGUCUAAGAACAUUGUUGCCUUUGGCAUUGCUAGCAGCUGUUAUUCUUGGUUGGCUGCGUCGGGCGUGGCUGACAUGUUCUAUGAACUUGCGGGCAUGGAGUGGGCGGCUAUUGGAUUGGCGUUGCCGCUAUACUUUGCUGGGCCUUGGUUGCGGUCCCGGACCACUAAAUUGUUCUGA